CCACCGGGUUGGUCCCAGGCCAGAGAAGUGGUUUUCCCGGGCCGCGUGGGUGGGGGUGUCGGUCCUGCCACCUCCCGCCGCGAUGUUGCCGGGACUCAAGUGCCGCCUGUGCCCACUUAUUCGGUGCCCGCGGGCGGGCGCCGCUGCUGCCUUCAGCCGGGCCUACCACGGGGACCAGGUGGCCACCAUCGGCUCACGGCCGGACGCCGCCUCCUUGGUGUAUCAGGAAAACUAUGAACGAAUGAAAGCAUUAGUAAAAGAACUCCAGCAGCAAUCUGAAAAAAUCAAGUUAGGUGGCGGAGAGAAGGCACGGAACCUUCAUACAUCAAGAGGAAAGUUGUUACCUAGAGAAAGAAUUGACAGACUUAUAGAUCCUGGGUCUCCAUUCCUGGAAUUUUCACAGUUUGCAGGCUACCAGCUGUAUGGCAAUGAAGAAGUGCCAGCAGGAGGCAUCAUUACAGGCAUUGGACGGGUGUCAGGAGUAGAGUGUCUGAUUAUUGCCAAUGAUGCAACUGUCAAAGGUGGAACAUAUUACCCGAUCACUGUAAAGAAACAUCUACGUGCUCAAGAAAUUGCCAUGCAAAAUUAUCUCCCUUGUAUUUACUUAGUUGACUCCGGAGGUGCAAACUUACCUUACCAGUCAGAAGUGUUUCCCGAUCGUGAUCAUUUUGGUAGAAGUUUCUAUAACCAAGCAAUCAUGUCUUCACAAGGAAUUCCACAGAUAGCAAUAGUUAUGGGUUCAUGUACUGCAGGAGGAGCCUAUGUCCCUGCGAUGGCUGAUGAAAGCAUAAUAGUUGGCAAGCAAGGAACAAUUUUCUUGGGAGGACCACCCUUGGUUAAAGCAGCAACUGGGGAGGACGUAUCUGCAGAGGAUCUUGGUGGUGCCGAUCUUCACUGCAGACAAUCUGGUGUAACUGACCAUUAUGCCUUGGAUGAUAACCAUGCACUCCAUGUAGCUAGGAAAGUGGUGAGAAGCUUGAAUUACCAAAAGAAAAUUGAUGUGACAGUAGAACCUCCACAAGAACCUUUGUUCCCUCCUGAUGAAAUCUAUGGGAUAGUUGGAGAUCAACUUAAAAGAAAUUUUGAUGUCAGAGAGGUCAUUGCUAGAAUUGUUGAUGGAAGUAAACUUGAUGAAUUCAAAGCCUUAUAUGGUGAUACAUUGAUAACAGGAUUUGCUCGAAUAUUUGGUUACCCAGUAGGAAUAAUUGGAAACAAUGGUGUUCUUUUUUCAGAAUCAGCGAAGAAGGGCACCCAUUUUAUUCAGCUUUGUUGUCAGAGAAAUAUCCCCAUUGUGUUUUUGCAAAAUAUCACAGGAUUCAUGGUUGGUAAAGAUUAUGAGGCUGGUGGAAUAGCAAAGGAUGGAGCCAAGAUGGUGACUGCGGUAGCAUGUGCCAAUGUGCCCAAAAUUACAGUUAUUAUUGGAGGUUCCUACGGCGCUGGAAAUUAUGGGAUGUGUGGAAGAGCAUAUAGUCCAAGAUUUCUUUAUAUGUGGCCAAAUGCUCGGAUCUCAGUGAUGGGAGGAGAACAAGCUGCCACAGUUUUAGCUACAGUAGCCAAGGACCGGAAAGCAAGGGAAGGGAAGCAGCUAUCUGAAGAAGAGGAGAAAGCUCUGAAGGAGCCAAUCAUCCGGAGAUUUGAAGAGGAAGGUAAUCCUUACUUUUCCAGUGCAAGGCUGUGGGAUGAUGGAAUAAUUGACCCAGCUGACACAAGAUUAGUUUUGGGUCUCAGCCUAAGUGCCGCACUCAAUGCACCUACAAAGAAGACAGAAUUUGGUGUAUUCAGAAUGUGAUUUUAAAGAUUUGAUAAUGGUGCCUUUGGAUAUGAUUUCUGAUUAAUAAAAUCAAAUGAGUUAAAUGUGUCAAA